AAGAUUUCCAAGGUCAUGUUGCUGUUCAGCUGCACCACCAUCGUCGUCAUUUUCAUAACUCUGUUCGCCAUGUCGGACGAGCACGCCUCCGCAAAAGACUUCUUCGCUACCACAGUAAAUAACUCGGGCUGGCAAAACGGCAUCGCCUUCAUCAUAGGAAUGAAUGGCGCCAACUGGAGCUUCUCGUGCCUCGACGUUGCGACUCACCUAGCAGAGGAGAUGCCCCGACCCAGCACGGAUAUCCCAAAAGCACUGAUGUGGACCAUCGUCGUUGGUCUCGUCUCCGGACUCCUUGUUGUCACAUCUGUUCUCAUCAAUGUCCCUGUCAUUGACGGAGCUGACGAUAACUCGGCCCUGGCGUUAUUCUACCGCAUCACAGGCAGCAAAGCUGCUUCAGUGGGUCUGUGGGUGCCCGUGAUGAUCACAGCCAUCGGCGCCGUCUGGUCUAUUCAGACCUGGCAGUCUCGGCUCGCGUGGACCAUCAGCCGCGAGGCCGGUUUCCCCAUGCACCGUCACCUGAGCAAGAUCGCACCGUCCCCGCUACAUACGCCUACCUGGUCAUUGAUAUUCUCCGCAUCAGGGACUGCCAUCUUCGGCUGCCUUUACCUCGCAUCCGACCUUGCUUUCAACUCCCUCAUCUCUACGGGAUUGCUACUUCAAUACAUCAGCUAUAGUAUUCCGGUUAGCCUGGCUCUUUCUCAAGGCCGCUCGAAUUUCAAACACGGCCCCUUUUGGUAUCCCAAACUUGGCUUUGCAGCGAACAUAGUCAUGCUUGCAUGGUCGGCGGUUGCAUUGAUCUUUUACUGUUUUCCCUAUUACCUGCCUGCUGUUGCAGAUGAAAUGAAUUAUGCUUCCGCUGUCCUUGCGGGCAUUGCCAUUAUUACGAUAUCACUGUGGUUCUUUUAUGCGAAGAAGAACUAUGAGGUCAAAGAAUAUCUAGGCCAUUAGCACAACAAACCUUUUUACUAUUAUUAUGAUCCUGCUCUUUUCUUACCUGAUGCCUACAUUUAUGUCCACGCCGUUGAGGCUUGAUGUUCACUCUGUCUUCAGUAGAUAUGUACCAGUCAAGAGGCUGCGAGAUGGCGUGAUAAUCGAAGCCCCCCACUACACGGUAAUGGCAAGAUACUGCUGGUAACAGACUCAACAGGCAUUGUGGCUGUGAUGUGCCUUGUAUGGCUGUUCCAUCCAAUGUAGAGCUUGUUGGUGGCCUGAUUUAGCGGGAGGGCUGGUGCGCAGUCGUAUCACGUACUUCGAUCAGUC